AUGUGCACUCCUCUCGAGACGAUGCUAGUUCCUACACAUUCUACACGAUGGAAAAAAACCGAUCCCAGCCAAAUCAGGUAUUUUUGUGUGAAAAUGACAUUUACUCAAUUCGCCGCAGCUGCGGGCUGUAUUGGAUCUGCAGUGACUUUCCAGCUUUAUCAAGGCAAAGUUGUCGAGCUCAAAACCUCACAAGAGGCAGCAGAAGAGAGAAUCAAGGUGCUUGAAGCGCAGAUCAAGGAAAAGACUGAGACUUUGGAUGAUCUCGCCCUGAAGUUCAAAAAGUCAAGUGCUGACUUGAGCGAUUGGGGGCUGAAAGGGUCGGCCUUGGCUCUGGAAAUCUCCAAGUUGAAGGAAGUUAAUGCCAAUUUGCAGUCUCAGAUCAAGACUGUGACAGAUGAAAAGGACACCUUGUCCUCCAAAUCUGUCGCCGCGGAAAAGUCUGUAGCAUCGUUGGAAAAGCAGCUCGAAGAGGCGAAGGAGCAAGUUCAAGAGGCUGAGAAAAACUACACUUUCAAACUCAACUCUCAAACGGCAAAUAUUAUUGCGGAGAGAGACCUCAAGAUUUCGGAGGCGGAAAAUGCGUUGGACAAGGCAAACAAAACAUGCGACGAGCUUUCCUUGCAAGUCGAAAACUUGAACUCCAAAGUGAGCGACUUAGAAAAGGCUUGUCAAGAAGCUACUGUUGAGAAGGAAAAGUUGGAGAAAGCUUUGGAAGAUAUUGCGGCAGAAAAAGAUUUGUUGGAGAGAUCGGGAGAAGAGGCAAGACGUGAAUGCGACGAGUUGAAGUCUAAGUUGGACGAGAAAGAUGCUUCGCUUGCCGACUCUCUUGCCAAAAGCGAAAAGGCCGAGGCUGAAAUGAAAGCUCUUGCCGAGAACCACGAUGCAUUGACUACAGAACACGCACAAGAAAAGGCAAAGGUCCAAACUUUGGAAUCUACCAUUGAGGAGAAGACCAAAUUGGUGGAGAAUCUUGAGAGCGACUUGAGCAGCGCCAAACAAGAAGUGGCUUCUUUAAAGGAACAACAGGAAAGACAAGUUAAGGAGCUGAGUGCUGAAUGUGAAAAGUUGCGUGAGCAGCUCGAAGAGAUCCAGGAGGGCCACGCGCAACUCAAAAACGAAAAUGUUGGUUUGAAGGAAUCUCUUGGAAAGGCAGAGACUCAAUACGAGUCAGAGAAACAAGAACAGGAAGAAAAGAUUAAGACAUUGGAGAAAGAACAGGAAGACAAGAUUAAUUCAUUGGAGAAGGAACAUGAAGACAAAAUCAAGUCAUUGGAGAAGGAACAUGAGGAAAAAAUCAAGCUACUUGAGGUAAAGAAGCAAGAACAAGAAGAACAGAUUAAGGUACUUGAGCAAUCGGUUGAAGAUAAGGUUCAGUCUGUCCGUGAGGAGUACUCUAAUCAAGUUGCAGAACUCAAGAAAGCUUCUGCUGCAUUAGAGGAAGAGAAGAGUCAUUUUGAGAAGCAAUUGGCGGAGCAAAAGAGCACCGUUGCACAAUUGAACGGAGAAAAGAAGGAUGCUGAGCAAAAGUUUGCAGAGCAACAAGCUAAGCUUGACCAAUUAUCUGAGCAGAAGAAGAUUCUUGAACAAGAAACAGAGAAGCUUCGCCAAGAGGGCCACGAGACUGCGUCGCAAAUUAAGCGUUUGCAAGAAGAGUUAUCGUUGGCGCAAGAAGAAAAGAAGAAACAAAACGAGGAGCUUCAGCAAGAGAUGGAUGAGUACAAGCAAAAAGCAGGCGAGGCCGAGAAAAAAGCAGGUGAGGCCGAGCAAAAAUUAGAGCAGACUGCUAAAGAACUUGACGAGGCAAACCACAAGCUCAGCCAAAAGGUGGCGGACAUUGAAAAAAGCAGCGAGUACCAGAGCCAGCUCGAAGCGAGACAAGAAGAGUUGGAGCAGGAGGUGGCCAAGGUGAAAGCGGAAAGAGACGAGAUGCGGGGCCAGAUGGAGAAAACAACGGCCGCCGAGGCGGAAAACGGCGAGUUACGGGAGAAAUUGCAAGCGGUGGAAGCGGAAAACGAAAGCUUGACAAAGAAGGUUCAAAGUCAAGAAGCAGAGAUGGAAGGUAAAAAUAGCACCAUUGCGGAACUUUCCCACAAGAUGGAACAAGGCGCGGUGCAGGACGGGCCUUCCAAUCCAGGCCCGGAGAUUGUGCAAGCCAAAGACGACCGGAUCCGUGAACUUGAAGAGAAUGAGGCCAAGCUCAACAAAAGCAUUGACACUCUCCGCAAUGUGAUUGAUGCGCUCAAGGCCAGAAGUGGAUAG